UCGUCAUGGUGACAGCCAAGUAAACAGCUGAAGAAUCACAGCUGUUUAUAUGUGAUCUGCGCUGCACGUGCGUUCCAGCGUCGUCCGCGCGAGCUUCAGGGCAGAUAUGGACAGUCCUGAUGUGUGGGUUGGUUCCUGGAGGCCUCACAGGCCAAGAGGUCCCAUUGCUGCGCUGUACAGCGGCCCCGGGCCCAAGUACGCCCUCCCAGGGGCUACAGGUCUAAAUCUGCAUGACCCACGGAAAUGGAAAGCUCCUGCGUUCAGCUUUGGAAUACGACAUCGGCAAUUCAGCGAGAACUGCUCACCUGGACCUGGCUACCUCAUAGCCUCCAAUAUCACCAAAAUCGGACGUGAUGGCACCCCUGCAUAUUCGCUAUACAGUCGACCCAAAGACCCUCGGGUCUUCCAGACCCCAGGACCAGGGACUUAUCGCCCUGAGAAUACAACGUCGACAACCUUUUAUUCUGCCCCUGCUUACUCACUGUCUGCUAGGACCAGGUUGUUCCGCAGUGACCAAACACCAGGGCCUGCUGCGUACAUGCUUCCCCCAGUGCUGGGGCCAAAUUCAGUGAAUAAAAGAUCUGCCCCGAACGUCUCCCUCAGUGGCCGCAGCAAAAUAGGCAGCUUCCAUGAAGACUUGAAGAAGACUCCAGGUCCUGGGACUUACAGAGUUGUGGAUCCAAACAUGUACAGAUCAAAAUCCCCGCAGUACAGCAUUAUCGGUCGCAACAGCUUGCCUGGUGAUACGACCAAGAAGCCAGGGCCUGGAGCUCACUAUCCAGAGAAGGUGAUGUCCACAAGAUCCAAAGCUCCCAGCUUCUCCUUUGGUGUCCGUCAUUCUGAGUUCACUGCCCCGAUGAUUACAGGCAUCGCUGAUUAACCAUCACCUCACUCUUAUCUCUUAAUAAAGACUGUUAAGCAGCAGAGACUUGCUAAAUAACUCAGCACUUCAAAUAAACCAUGUUAGAUCUUCCACAAUUUAAUCAGCAUGCCAGUUUACCACAGAGCUGAGCCAGAGAACAUGUAAAUUCACUUUGUGGUCAGCUUAGAUUUUUUGAGAUGGGUCUAGAGUGCAGCAAAAAUAUGAUGAUUUGCAUCUUUCUAAACAAAACUAACAGUAUGAUCCAGUUGUUGUUCUUAAUAUAGUAUGAACAGAAAUUUAUCUAGUGCUGGUCAUUAAGAGUACUUUAAAUCAAGUAUUUAAAAUUACAAAGUGUUUUAUUGACUAUGUAGUCAAGUAGCAGUGGUGUUGCAUAAAUAAUUUAAUGUCCUAAUGAUAUAGUAUAUUUAUUUAAAAUUAAAUGUAUGUGUUUAAAUUCUUGUUGGUUGAAUGGAGCAGAGUUAAGUCAAAGAUUUCCUGGCUGCUAAUGAGUCUGUGUUUAGAUGAAUGUUAAAUUACACUGAAUGACAAUUUACACACAUUUGUCACAUAAAGCUGCACAUAGAUUACAGGUUAUUUUAAUGAAACCUCCUUCCCCAACACAGUGAAUAUGUAAAUGAAUCAUAAUGUGCAUCAGAGAACAAAAUUUCUGACAUUAAUGUAAAAUCUCAGAUACAGGAAAAAAUUACUCUGCAUUGGGUGAGAGAUCCAAAUCUUGAAACUAAGCAGAACACAAGUAAACAGAAGUAAACAUGUUUUGUGUGCGCUUAUGGUAAAUAAGGACACAGCUCAGUAAUGUGAAGCGUGGUCACACAGUGCAGUCCUUCACCAGUGGUUACACAAAGAUUAUUGAACGUUAAUAGCUCCCUCUUGUGGAGAAUCUUCAGCUUGUAAAACGUGAGCUACAAAGAGAGGGCCAACAGUGAGUAUGUACAAAUUUGUGUGUGAAUUGUGUGUUAACUCAGUCGGUAGAUUAGCUAGUCUCAGUUGCCCCCAGAUGUGAA